UCUCUCUCUCUCUCUCUCUCGUGGAUAUGGAUCGGAGUAAUGUGUGUGCAUUUGCAUUUCUGUGCAUUAUAGUCGCCGGAGUCGGAGCACAGUCUCCGGCGUCGGCACCAACCAAAACUCCUCCAGCGACGGUGACGACGCCUGCUGCAUCGCCUUCCACUGCGACAGCUCCGUCCAAGCCUAAGUCGGCAGCUCCGACAACUUCUCCGACUUUGGCUCCACCAAUAGCGGCUUCACCUCCCACAACUACAGCUCCGACAUCUGCUCCACCGACCGCUGUUUCAGCUCCCCCAACUACGGCCCCUACAUCAGCUCCACCGGCGGCGAAGACCCCUGUCAGUUCGCCUCCUGUGGCUUUAAGUUCUCCGCCAUCGCCUGCGCCUGUGCAAUCUCCACCUGCUCCGGCACCAGAGAAGGCGACUCCGCCUGCUGUUUCUCCUCCAGCGCCGGCUUCUGCUCCUCCGGCUGCAACUCCGGCUCCGGCUCCGAGCAAGAAGAAGACUAAGACUAAAAAGCACAAUGCGCCUUCGCAAGCUCCGGCUCCUGAACUGCUCGGUCCACCAGCACCCCCAAGCGAAGCUCCCGGACCUAGUCUUAACUCGGACUCGCCUAGUCCAGCUCUAAAUGAUAAGAGUGGAGCAGAGAAAUUGAAGAGCAUGCAGCUGGUGGUGGGGAGCUUGGUAUUGGGAUGGGCUGUGUUCAGCUGGAUAUUCUAAUUAAUUCAAGAUGAGAUUGUUUUCAAUUAUUGUCCCUUUUUUUUUUUUUUUUUUUU